UAAACAUUUACGGGAGCGAGUGGAAAGGCGAAGCGGUUGUGGAGAAAGAGUGUUUAGACCUCUUUAGGGUGUAGAAGAGUGGAAUUUACACUAAACACAGGAGACAUGAAAGUGCUUCGUGGGUUAGGAAGGCUCCCUAGAACACCAGACCAGCAGUUCAUUCCAGUACAUAUGCACUUAGGACCACGUACAAGGAGUCAAGUGACAAUAUGGAGUUUACCAGAGGAAGUUUUACUGCAUUUGUUGACAGGACUUCAUGUUACCGAUGUAUUAAAUAUGCGUCUAGUUCAUCAUUAUUUCCGCGAUUUAAUUGACAAUUGCACUACAAUCUGGACAAAUGCAAGUUUUGAAGACACAUGGCCCUCCUCUGCUAAUAUCAAACACUUUAAAAGGGCAGCCAAACAUGGAAACAUUGAAGCUUGUGUGAAGCUGGGAGUAGCAUAUCUCUACAAUGAAGGAUUACCAGGUGAUUUUGAUGGCAAAAGGAUUACAAGCAACGGUGAGAAGGCUGCCCAAAUGUUUUGCAAAGUGGAAUCCCUUUUGCCCCAGAUGUCUCCAUUCACAUGGCUCUUCAUACGUCCACCUUGGUCUCUCAGCGGUGCUUGCUGCAAGGAAUGCGUGUUCACUUACAUGAAAGCACAUUUAGAAAAGACUCAGGACUCGUCUGUGAUGAUUUGUGUAGCUAAGAUCCUAGCCUUGUUAGAUGAUGAAGAGAAAGUGAAGCAGUCCAGAGAAUACUUACAAGCAGCGUCAGACAAGGGCUCCAGCUUAGCCUCCUAUUUAUUGUGGGAAGAGGCUCAAAAAGCAGUGGUUCACGACAGAGCGGGUCAGCUAGAAAGUAUCCGACAGCUUCGAGGUAUAGCUGAAGAAGGGGAUUCGGAAGCUCAGCUUGCCCUGUGUAGAUGCUAUGUGAAUGGCAAAUAUGGUGGCAUUGAGAAACAUCAAGCAGCUGCAUUUGUGCGAGGAUUUGUGCAAUCUUCCAAACCUUCUAAUGCACAUAAAUUGUUUCGCUCCAGCUCUGAACUUACACCAUCAAUGAGGUACAUCCUGGUUGACUGGCUUGUAGAGGUGGCCGGAAUGAAGGACUUCUCAACCCAGACACUACAUGUGGCCAUUGAUGUGGUUGACAGAUACUUGAAGUUGCACAAAACAUCACGCUCCAAACUUCAACUUUUGGGCGUUGCAGCUAUGGUUAUAUGUUCAAGAUUUUUAGGCAAGGACAUAAUUACAAUCCGGGAAGCAGCCUGGUUGACAGACAACACAUACAAAUAUGAAGAUGUAGUUCGCAUGAUGGGAGAAAUUAGUGCCACCUUGAAGGGAAAUUUCAGGGUAUUCACCAGUCUAGACUAUGUCGAGCUGUUCAGCACACUGGCAGGGCUCAACGCUAAAGCCAAGUGUCUGACAGAGCUGAUGUGUGAGCUGACAUUACUCCACGCCGAGAUGGGGCAGUUCACAGCAGCUGAGAUUGCUGCAUGCUCAGUGCUACUUGCUCGUCUUGUGCUAAAAGAAGAAUUCCCAUGGCCUCAGAAACUAGAAGAAUUUACAGGAUUUUCCAUAAACGACUUACACGAAUGUGCCCGUACUCUGCACAGAAAGUGUUUCCUUGAUGGUGCUAUGAUUGACCACCGAGAAGUGACCCUUCAGGCAGUCAAGCAGAGAUACUCUGAUGACCGCUUCCAGAAAGUUGGGGAGAUUAAGAUGAUGACAACUGAAGAACUUUACUGUCAGCUUGGAAUUACAGAAGAAAGCUUGAGUUUGUCCAAGCACAAACAGAAACUCCGGAAAACAGAAGAGCUGAUUGUCUCCCCUUCACGCACCAAGUCUCUGUCAAGAAGAUGUGACGUUGACAAUGCCGAUCGUACCAAGGCCUCUACUCCCACAAUAGAUGUCACUAAUCUUCUGAACGAGUCGGCAAUGUCAGGGUAUGAAGGAGAUCAUGAGGAUGAGGAGUUGGAGGAUUCAGUCUUAGACCAGGAUGGUUACUAUUCUGAUGCUAAGAGUCCAGUCUCUCAGGAUGCUCCGUUUGCUAUGGAGGAAGACGAUACCUAUUUUGCCAGUCUUCACACCUCUUUUGACAUUGAGAAAGAGAAGCAGUCCUCUUUGGAACUGAUGCUGCCAUCUUGGAUGUCCCCCACCAAAGACUGUGAUUUAUUUCAACAGCUACAUCAGAAAACUGAUGACUGUGAGAUGAAUGGACCCAGCUCAUCUGGUGUGUCAACGUCGCCACGCUCACCUGACUUCUCUCCCUUCAGAACCUUUGCCAUUGGCAAUAACAGCCUGUGUGCACCAUUGUGCCCCUCCCCUAGUGCUAUCUCCUACAGUGGCUUUAACAUUCAGAUGGACUCUAGUGAAAGCGAAGUUGAGCGUUCAGCGAAGGGAGCCAACUCUAACUCUUUGGUGGCAUCUUUUUCAUCGAACUCUUUCAUCUCAUCGUAUGGACAUUUCGCUGUUAAAAAGCACUCCAGCAAAAGAAAAAGCUCAAGACAACACGGCAAUGCAACCAAAGCUUUCAUUGUUCCUCAGCAUCAAUGAUAAUUGUGAUCAUAGUCUCAAUACAGGCCCGAGAUACUACUCAAGCCUGGCUAGUCCGUCCUCCAUAUUACCAGUUUCUGAUAUGACCUCAUUUUCUACUCCAGUAUCAUUUUCUUUUUUAACAGGAUGGCAUUCCAAUUUACAAAAUUGUCUCAGUCCAAUUUCCAUUUGCUCAGAAGAAUGGUAGAUCACUUUUGAAUUUGCCACUGUAUUAUUUUGAAAUAUUGAGGGUAUUAUAAUUUAUUUAGCAUGUAGUGCCACAAGUUCUACAUUCCAACCAAUGAUAAGAGAUAAGAAUGCAGCUCCCUUUAUGAAAAUGAAGAGAAAAUCUGAUUCAUGAUUGAAGUGCUACCAUGAAUGAUUGUAUAAGUGGAAGAUAAGAAUGCAGUGUGAAACUAGGUCUGGUAUUCAACCAAAGAAUGUUAAACCAAAUAUUUGCAUAAACAUAAUAUUAUACCACUUGGCAGCAUAAUUGUCAUCAGUUUAAUAUCUACUGUCACAUGAUAGUUAAAUGUUGGUAGGAAUCUUUUACUGUAAUGUGGGAUUUUUGAGCUCUCAACUUAAUGAAGUGAAUUUGGCUAUACCUUUAAGUUCAGUCAGGCCCAUAUAUGUCAAGAGCGUACUCAUAAUUUGAGUUAGUUUCAUACUGAAAAACUGUGUGAAAUGUUUAUACUAGAAAGGAAAUUCAUAAUGUUUGUUUUGACUUUAUACGUUGGUGCUACUUUUCAUCCCACAGAUAAAUGUGAUCGUUUAUAUGUUGAUAAGUACGUCAGUUGAUAUGUUUUCUAGCAUAAAAAUCAUGCUUUGAAAUUAACAAAGAGUGGUGAGAAAGAAACAUUAACUGCAAAUCAUGCUAUCCAAAAUGCCAUGUGUAUGGUAUUAAAUUAAGAGUAUGUGGAUGAUUUGUUCUUGAUUUAAUUAAUGAGAAAUGUCUGUUGUUGAAUAUCUGAAUUUUGUUUGUAAAUAGAUUUGCUGUUAUUGGUUGACUUGUAAGAGGUUGAAAAGCAGAGGACUCUAUUUACACAUGCUUUCCAGAAGAGAUAUACAUGAAACAGAUUGUGUAUAUCAAAUAUAUUAUUUAUGAGAUGAUUUUUUUCUAAAUAAAUACUCCAUGC